AUGAGAAAGAACUCGUCGUCCAAGUGGGAUGCGAGCAGUGAAGAAACUUUCAUAGAGGCGAAGAGAAGUUUGGUUAGGCCACCCGUAAUGGGAAGGCCAGACGAUGGGAAUGAUUUACAACUUUACCUUGUAGUGACCGAAAAUACAGUUGCUCUGGCGUUGCUGACGGCGUCACGUCGUCUACGGCCUUAUUUCCAAAGCCACCAAGUCCUAGUGCGAACCGAUCAUCCUAUUGCAAAAAUACUGAGAAAACCCGACUUAGCUGGUCGGAUUGUCGGGUGGGCGAUAGAAUUGUCUGAAUUUGGGUUACGAUUUGAACCACGCGGGUCGGUACGGGGCCAACACUUGGUAGAAUUCGCGCCAAAGUUGCAGUCGGAUGAAGAUAAUGCCUUGCAGCCAUGGAAGCUUUUUGUUGAUGGAUCGACCAGUAGAAAGGGAGGAGGCGCAAGUGUAGUGUUGGAGGGGCCGAACGGGUUAGCGGUAGAAGAAUCACUCAUUUUUCAGUUCAAGGUCAAUAAUAAUCAGGCAGAAUAUGAAGCCCUAAUUGCCGGACUGGAGUUGGCCCAAGACUUGGGAGUAGAGUGUGUGGAGUGUCGAACGGAUUCACAAUUAGUGGUUGGUCAGAUGAAGGGAGAUUUCCAAAUCAAGGACGAUCAACUCCUUCAAUACUUCCAUAGAGCAACGAACUUAACACAACAAUUCAAAAGUAUAGAAGUAUCACACAUCCCUAGGGAAGAGAAUACAAGGGCAUACAUUUUGUCAAAGCUUUCUAGGGGCAAAGACAGUGGGCAAUUGACCUCAAUAAUGAGGCGGAUCAUGACAAAGCCUACUAUAGACUGCAUGUCGACGUCUGUAGAACCCGAUCGAGAAGACUGGAGGCAGGAGGUGAUGAUGCGAAUAAAGGAGCAGGAGGAGGGACAAGGUAUUUCGGCAAAGGAUGCUAAGCGUAUAGCAUGCUAUGUGUUGAUAUGGGGAGAGCUAUACAAGAGGGGAUUUAUAAUGCCCAUACUUAAGUGUAUUUCCCAAGAAGAGGCAGAAUAA